AUGACCGGUCGCGGUAAAGGUGGUAAAGGUUUGGGGAAAGGUGGAGCGAAGCGGCACAGAAAAGUUCUUCGUGAUAACAUCCAGGGUAUCACCAAACCGGCUAUCAGACGUCUCGCACGCAGGGGCGGUGUGAAACGUAUCUCCGGGUUAAUCUACGAAGAGACACGCGGUGUACUCAAGGUGUUCCUUGAGAACGUGAUUCGUGACGCUGUUACAUACACCGAGCAUGCGAAGAGGAAAACCGUCACCGCCAUGGAUGUCGUCUACGCCCUGAAACGUCAAGGACGUACCCUCUACGGAUUCGCGAAAAUGACCGGUCGCGGUAAAGGUGGUAAAGGUUUGGGGAAAGGUGGAGCGAAGAGGCACAGAAAAGUUCUUCGUGAUAACAUCCAGGGUAUCACCAAACCGGCUAUCAGACGUCUCGCACGCAGGGGCGGUGUGAAACGUAUCUCCGGGUUAAUCUACGAAGAGACACGCGGUGUACUCAAGGUGUUCCUUGAGAACGUGAUUCGUGACGCUGUUACAUACACCGAGCAUGCGAAGAGGAAAACCGUCACCGCCAUGGAUGUCGUCUACGCCCUGAAACGUCAAGGACGUACCCUCUACGGAUUCGGUGGUUAA